UCAUGUCCAAUUGACAUUCCAUUAACUUGUACUAAUUCAACACCAAUUCAUAAUUCAUGUUGUUUUGAAAGCCCUGGAGGAAUCUUUUUACAAACUCAAUUUUGGGAUUAUUAUCCACCUAUUGGUGAUAAUGAUUCAUUUACUUUACAUGGUUUAUGGCCAGAUAAUUGUGAUGGUAGUUAUGAACAAUUUUGUGAUGAUGAAUUAAAUUUAAAACCUCAUGAAAUCAAAAGUAUUGUAGUUGAUCAAUUUAAAGAUAAUGAAUUAUAUUCUAAAAUGAUUCAUAAUUGGAAGAAUUUUAAUGGAGAUGAUGAAAAUUUAUGGAUUCAUGAAUUUAAUAAACAUGGAACUUGUAUUAAAACUUUAAGACCUACAUGUUAUUAUCCAUAUGUUAAAAAUCAAAAUAUUUAUGAUUUUUAUAAAAUUUCUAUGAAUAUUUAUGAGAAAUUACCUACUUUUAAAUUUUUAGAACAAGCUGGUAUAACUCCAAGUGAAACUAAAACUUAUACAAAACAAGAAAUAAGUGAUGCAUUAUCUUCACAAUUUGAAGGAUUACAAGUAUAUUUUAAAUGUAAUAGAUAUCAAGUACUUCAAGAAAUUUGGUAUUAUCAUUAUUUAAAAGGUUCAAUUAAACAAGAAGAUUUUGUACCAAUUCCAUCAUUAUUAAAUUCAAAUUGUCCACAGGAAGGUAUUAAAUUCUUACCAAAAGGUUGGACUCCACCUAAUGGUCCACCAAGUCCAAAUCCAAAUCCAGGUAGACCAAAACCUCCAAUUGGUGGUGAUAGAGGUUAUUUAAAACUUCCAAAUCAUGCAGGAUGUAUAAUAUCUAAUGGUCAAUGGUAUCAAUAUGGAACUUGUGCAACUUUUACAGUUUCAAAAUCUCAAUUUGGUGGUUAUAAUUUAAAAUCUUCUAAAGGAUAUUGUGGAUUUGAUAAACAAGGUCAAUUAAGUUGUGGAUCAUUUUAUCAACCUGCUAAAUAUCAAUUUGCUUAUGAUAAAGAAUCAGGUGAAAUUAGUUAUGGAGGUUUAAGUAAAUGGUGCUUUAACAAAGAGAAUUCUCAUGGUCAUGGGAAAUUCCAACAAAUUCCUAUCAAAUUA